GUUUACUAAAAUGGUAAAGGGAAAACGCAUAUUCUAUCAGAAUGAAAUGAGCUACAGGCCACAGGCAAAGCCAAACCCUCCAGAUUUUGUGCAUCCCAUUGAAUGUGUUUACAGAAGACCCAAGGAUUGGAUUCCCCGAUUCGUGAACCCUGGAUAUGGGGUUUCCGAGGGUCACGGCAGGCUGGUCUUCCACAUGGCGCUUCUCAAUGAGGAGCUAUCAAGCAUAGCAACGACGAACAUCAUUCCUCUGGGCUCCCCCAUGCCAAUAUGGGCAGCAGUGGAGCAGAAGUCUCAUCAGCCACUGCUGUUGCUCAUGGAGGAAUGUGUCGCAGCCCCCACAGCUGAGCUGCGGCCUGGCAGCCAGGUUUACCCACUCAUUGGCAACAAGGGGUGUCUUUUAGAAAGCAAAAAAGGAAACUCGAUGUUUCUGCCUCGGUACCACUCGUCUUCCAUCAUCCUCUACCUCCAGUCCUUCAACUUUGGUUUUGGAGAGGUGUACAUCCACUGUAAACUGGCUGUGUGGGAUCCUCAAAAUUUUGCCGAAAGCAAGAAGGCCUGUCAUUAUAUAAAGGGAACUAACAGAUGGGAGCUGCUUGAUGACCCAUCACGAAGCUCCCUCUGUAACUGCUGUGACUUGAGCUGCAAGUCUCGGUCCAGGAGGGGUGUUGAAUGGGCAUCAGACGGCCCGAGUCACAAUUCUGUGUUGGGACCCCUAAUCAUUGUGGACCAAUCUGACUUGAAGGACAGUGACACAAUGAUUGAGUCUGCCACGACAGCUGACCCAAGGCUCAAAUAAGCUGUGCGACGAAGCUUGGUCAAAACGGAUAUCGACUGCAGUAUGACUGAAGGAUCUGAUGGCAGAUAACCUCUGAGGACGUCACGAUUGUGUGAUUUUUGAUUUGCGUAUUCAUUAUUCUGGGGUUUUUGUUUUAAUGAUACUUGUUCUUGAUAUAACUAAAACAUUGUAAACUCUUACUUGUGACUUUGUUCUGUCAAACACCAGCCAUUAGUAUGUGAUACUGCUGCUUUUCAGAGAUGCUGUGCAUCAGUAGGAAGG